AUGGCAAGGGACAAGAUCCUCCGUCUCAGAGAGGCUCUUCCUAUAAGCCUUGAGAUCGCAAUCGCCAUCCAAGGAGCUUGGGAUGUCCUCGUGACGGACGAGAGGACGCUCGAGACGGCAUGCAGUAUCAAGAUUCAGAUGACGUGUCAUAUAGCUGGGUUUUUUUUUGGUGGCUUGCUGCUGGUGACAAGCCAAGACUUCAAGGCUGAAUCCCAAUGGCCAACUAGAGAUGCAGCAGAUGAAUACCGAAGAUUGACUACCGUGUUCUAG